UCAAUCAGAACCUUUCUAAAAAAAAUCUUAAAUCAGAACAAAAAAACUAAUUUCUCAAAGAAAAGAAAAAUUUCUCGUUUCAAUUAUCUUUUUCUAAAUAAAAUAAAAAAAUAAAUAAAUUUUGUGCUUAUCGACUUUCUUCAGUUCUUUGCAAUAAAAAAAAAAAGACUUUCUUGAGUUCGUUUUUGUUGGUCAUUGGAGUUCGUGUCAAUGAAAAAUGGCGCACAUGUAAAUAUCACGACACGAACGCUGAUUUCGGCUCCUCCUUCCUGUGCAUACAAUCAAAGUAGAAGAAAGUCGGAGAUCUCCACCGGCUGAAUCGUCGGGGUCUUUGUGCCGCUGAACCCGAUCCAAUAAUGUCCACCACCAAAGCCUCGCUCAAUCCUCUCGUUGCCUUCGAGCACAAGAGGGACGCUUAUGGCUUUGCUGUGAGACCUCAGCACGUUCAGAGAUACCGGGAGUAUGCCAAUAUUUACAAGGAAGAGGAGGAGGAAAGAUCAGAUCGGUGGAAUUCUUUCCUGGAACUCCAAGCAGAGUCUGCUCUAUUGCCUGUCAAUGGGGAAUUUAAUGUAGACAGUAAAAGGUCUUUGCAAAAAGAAAUUUCAGAGAAGGAAGCAGAUGCUAGUUUGGAGAAAGAAGUAGCUGGAGAUGGUUGCGAAGAGCCUGGUUCCAUUAAUUCAACAGAAAGUGUUUCUAAUAAAGAGGAAAAACCAGUUACUGAAGAGACAAAAAUUCAUAGGAUCCAAAUAUGGUCUGAGAUUAGACCAUCUCUUCUUGCCAUUGAAAAUAUGAUGAGUACUCGCAUAAAGAAGAAAAACAACAUAUCUAAAGAUGAGCACGUCAAUGAAACAGGGAAGUCUCUUCCUUCUGUUGAAGAGGCUAGAUCACCCAAGGGAACGUUUGAGGAGGAUUCUGAGGAUGAGUUUUAUGAUGUCGAGAGAUCAGAUCCAAUUCAAGAUUCCCCUUCAAGUGACAGCAUCGUAGGUGGUUCCUCUGAUGGGGUACCUACAGAAUCCUUAUUUCCAUGCAGAGAAGAGCUGGAAGUUCUUGUUCGUGGGGGAGUGCCAAUGGCUCUCAGGGGAGAGCUUUGGCAAGCCUUUGUUGGUGUAAAAGCGCGGCGAGUUGAGAAAUAUUACCAGGAUCUGCUAACUUCAGAAACUAAGGGUAGCAAUAAUGUAGAAGAAGAUGUUUUAGACUCAGACAAGACCAAGGGUUCAACUACAGUUUGUGCUCCUGAAAAAUGGAAAGGACAGAUUGAAAAGGAUUUGCCUCGAACAUUCCCAGGUCACCCAGCACUGGACGAGGAUGGUAGAAAUGCCUUGAGGCGUCUACUUACUGCCUAUGCAAGACAUAAUCCCUCUGUUGGAUAUUGCCAGGCAAUGAACUUUUUUGCUGGCUUGUUACUACUUCUUAUGCCUGAAGAGAAUGCGUUUUGGACCUUGAUGGGCAUUCUUGAUGACUAUUUUGAUGGCUAUUACUCAGAGGAAAUGAUAGAAUCUCAGGUAGAUCAACUCGUUUUUGAGGAGUUGGUGCGUGAGAGGUUUCCUAAACUGGUAAAUCAUCUAGAUUACUUGGGAGUGCAGGUGGCAUGGGUUACGGGACCGUGGUUUCUUUCCAUUUUCAUGAACAUGCUUCCUUGGGAAAGUGUUCUUCGAGUAUGGGAUGUGCUUCUUUUUGAAGGAAACCGUGUCAUGCUAUUUAAAACUGCACUUGCUUUGAUGGAAUUAUAUGGCCCUGCAUUGGUUACAACAAAGGAUGCUGGAGAUGCAGUCACUUUGUUACAAUCACUGGCUGGCUCAACAUUUGACAGCAGCCAACUUGUAUUGACUGCCUGUAUGGGCUACCAAAAUGUAAACGAAGCUAGGUUACAAGAGUUGAGAAAUAAACAUCGUCCUGUUGUGAUGGCUGCAAUAGAGGAAAGAUCGAAGGGACUUCGUGCAUGGAGAGAUUCUCAGGGUCUUGCAUCUAAACUUUAUAGCUUUAAACAAGAUCCUAAAUCAGUAAUGAUAGAAACAAAGAAGGGAGAGCGAUUGCUUGAUGCACAAACAAAUGGAAAUUUAUCUCGCUCAGAGUCUGGAUCAUCUAAUGCUGAUGAAAUUCUUAUUAGCUUGACGGGAGGUGGGGAGAUAGAUUCUCUUCCAGAUCUUCAAGACCAGGUGGUAUGGUUGAAGGUUGAAUUGUGCAGGCAGCUUGAGGACAAAAGAUCUGCUGUUCUCAGAGCUGAGGAAUUGGAGACAGCUUUAAUGGAGAUGGUGACGCAGGACAAUCGAAGGCAAUUGAGUGCCAAGGUCGAGCAGUUGGAGCAAGAAAUUGCUGAACUUCGCCAAUCUCUUUCUGAUAAGCAAGAACAAGAAAACGCCAUGCUCCAGGUCUUGAUGCGAGUAGAACAAGAGCAAAGGUUAACAGAGGAUGCUCGCAGAUUUGCAGAGCAGGAUGCAGCAGCUCAGAGAUAUGCUGCUCAAGUGCUUCAGGAAAAAUAUGAAGAUGCCACUGCUGCACUAGCUGAUAUGGAGAAGAGAGUUGUUAUGGCUGAAUCAAUGUUGGAGGCUACUUUGCAAUAUCAAUCUGGACAACUCAAAGCGCAGCCUUCGCCUAGAUCUUCUCGUCCUGAUUCUCCUGCACACAGCAAUCAAGAUAAUUCACAAGAAAUUCCUGCAAGAAAGAUUAGUCUGCUAUCCCGACCAUUUGGACUUGGUUGGAGAGAUCGCAACAAGGUGAAAUCUGAGGAGAUGACAACGAAUGAUGGAAAGUGUACUAAUGAGGAGGUACAGGAUCCCAUCACAGAGCAGAAGGAUAUAAAUGGAAGAGAAUUGCAAGAAAAGGAGUAGAGGAAUGCAAGUUAUUCGAAGAUGCCCUUCGCCUUCCAAAUAUCGCCACACUGCUUGCUUGGUAAUUGGUAUGCUUCCUCUCCAACCCCAUGUCAUUUCUAGGGCACAACCUGAGUCGUAAUAGUUUUAUAAUAUAUAUAUAUAUAUAUAUUUAUAUCGUUUUGUUGGAAUUAGCCGACCAAUUCUAUAGCUUCAUUGUUUCUUUGUUCAUUAUGUAGACGAAAUAUAGUUUAGGGGAUGAGAAGAUCAUAAGAAAUGUGAGUAUCCAUUUAAGCAAUUGUAUAAUUUUUUUUUUUUUUUCCCAAAUCCAUUGAAGUAUAGUUGUUCUUUGUGGGAACCUCUAAGUUGAGGGCUUAACGAUUUUGAUUUCCCAUUUUAAGAGACAUUAUAGUGCGAUAUUCUUUCUGUUAUAUAUUCA